AUGCACUUGACGACUGCGACGCGCCCGGACAUUGCGUAUGCUGUGGGGUACGUCUCGCGCUUCAUGGAGAAUCCGCAGCAAGAACAUUGGACGGCGGUGAAGCGCAUCUUUCGUUACUGCGGGACCAAGUCGCACGGACUCCGCUUCCAGCCAAGCGACAAGAUCGACUUUCGUGGCUACUCGACGCGGACUGGGCCGGCGACCACGCUGAUCGCAAGUCGACUUCGGGUUACACUUUCAUGCUGA